GUUAAUUGUAAUAGUCUACAUCUUUAUUUGUGUAAUUCCUUUUUUACUGUAUUUGUCCAAUUUAUUUACAUUUAAACUAGUUUUUUGUAGUAAAUUUAUUUUAGAAGAUGUCGUUUGCAAUGACUGAGAUUAUACAUUGUUCGACUUGUUUACAUGUCAGUUCAUUGAACGUCAACCGCAAAAAAACAACAACAAUUUGUUUUGUUGACAGCUGAGCAGCUGUAGAGAGAAAAAAAGCACAAAAGUAUUGACUCAUUCAUCAAAAGCUGGGCGGAUAAAUUAUUUUUUCACUUACGAGUAACAGUACGCCUUUCACAGGAGUCAAAAGGCAGACGUUUCAUCUCUAGUAGAGCGCCUCUACGUACAAUGGAUAAAUUAAAUCCAUUUGGGGCGCUUCAGCGUUCAAUUGAAGCUUUGAAAACGGUAGAUUGCAGUGCGAAAGAAAAGUUAGUCCACUUCGGGCAUAUAAGCGAAACAAUCAUCAAUGUUCGUCCUGGUACGUCCGCGGCUAAUUCGCCCAAUUACUAUGGGCACAUCAGUAGUGCAGUUACGGUGUUAAUCAUGUUUUGCGAAGAAUCCGACUCGAGUGUUCGCAUGGGUGCGGAAGAAAAUUUGUCCCGAAUAGUGCGACAUUGCGAAGCAACCGGAAACAUCAUUCGCAUACAGCGGGACUUUUAUCACGAGAUUAAAAAGAAUGGCAACGAACGUUCGUUACGCACGGUGCUGUCCAUUUUCGCACAUUAUUGUGGUACAAUACGACAGCGGAAGGCACGCACCUACGCCCAGAACCUGCUACCAUGCAUCUAUUCCAUUUUCAAACGCCGUGAACCCUCGCUGCUGGAAUGUUUGUGCGGCUUUACGGAGGUUUUUUGCGAGCACUUGGAAGGUUACCUCACCGAUGGCGAGGUGCUAAAGAUGACGGAAUUGUUCCUGGAGGAUAUUGGUUCGGAAUGUGCAACCAAGCGUCGAUGUGCAGCGAAAAAUACGCUCUCCUUCAUACAGGGUUCCCGCAAUCCUGAUUUCUAUGCCAAUAAUGCAUUCAAUCGAUGUAUCGAGCAGUUGUUAAAAUGUGGCCAGCCGCAACAACAAUCGAACACGGUACUCGGCGUGAUGGGGUGCUUUCGGGCGAUUUUGCCAAUCGUGCUAAAGAACUGUAGCGUGGAGAAGGCUAUCGAAACGUAUGAUCUCUGUUUGCAUUUCCUUCGCGAGGGAACACACACCAUCAUAAAUGCCACACUCGAAGUGCUGCUCGUAAUAUUGGUCAAUGUCCAGCCAGCGGUUCGUAAGGUUAUGCUUUCGGAACAUUGUGAACACAGGCGUAUGUUAUUGAAACGUAAAACGUUGAAAAAUAGUAUCUUCAAAAUAAAUCCCAACGAUAGUCUGCUAUCUUCGCGAAAGUCCAGUACCGAUGCACGGUCAGAUCAACUGUUACGUCCUGGUUCCUUACCCCUGACCUCAACACCAACUAAAUUUUCACUACCCGUAGAUGAUCGGUCUCUGGCGUCUGCAUCGGAUAUUGAACUCGAUUCGUUGAAAAGUAUGGAUCUCGAUACAGAAGGCCGUGUCGCACCUCCUGCUCUGCAACUCGAAUGUGCUGGUACAUUAGACACAUCAAGCGGUGCUAAGAACUCGUCCGGUACGGUACCCGCACCUGACACACUCUCGCUAAAAAGCCAAAAAUCUACCGACUCUAUCGGUUCAUUUAUAAACACCCUACUCACAAGCUCGAAUGCGGCCGAAUCGGUCACAAAAUUUUUCCGAAAGUCGAUCGAUAAACCACUUCCAGACGACGGGGAGGAAGACCGUUUGUCGAUGGAAUCAAUGGCCAGCAGUUACAUGUCCUCCAAUGCAGAAACGAUUCGAGCGGAAUUGGAUGUAACACUGGAAAUAGAUCUGGAUACCGAGCCAGUCACCGUCGUACCUACCGCUUCAAUUCCCACUCCAACACCGUCACGGGACACGCUCGAAGUGCCGCUCAACACAUCAAUGGUAGUGGAGGACGGUACGGAAAGCGUGAAAGAGCUAUUUAUUGGUACGAUACAUGAUCAGAACUUGUUGGAUUUCACUGCUAGAUUGAUAUGCUCUAGGUUCUUGCUAGCUGGUACUAGGCACAUCCUUAUUGCCGAUUCAAUAGUGCGCGUAUCUGUAAAGAGUUUAUCGAUGCAAAUAAUAGCUGCAUGUGUAAGGAUGAAACCGGAGUUACUAGGCCUACCGCUAGAGAAAGAUACAUUUCGAGAAGAGUUUGCUGUGGUGGAAAUUUUAAACCUCGAAGAUGCGAUAAAUGAAUUCUCUCAAGAAGCAUCACCAUGUGACGAUAAACCCGAUGGUGCCAGUGCUUUGGUAUCACAAGAGGAACCAACCUCCGAACUAUUAGAAAUGAAAGAAGAUCACUUUGGAGAAUGCACCAGUGCAACGUACUUUGAGUAUUUUUCACCGAUGUCACUCAGCCUAGAUCAGGGUUUAAAGUCAAAAUUGAAAUCUAUUGAAGAAAACUUCUCGAUCGAUAAUAAUGAAAAGCUAAGCCGAGAUUUGGACGCCAUCCUCUCUCAAUCGGAACCGGGUCCCGGCACAGCAAGCCUUACGGCGGCGUCUGGGACAACACGCAGAAGAGAAUUGCUAGUAGUACCAAAGGUAAUAACGACAAUCAAAAACGAACAUCGACUCGGUGGACGUGCUGGAAACAUUGACAUACAGGAUGACAAAGCCACCAUCACAGCAAUGGCAGUUUCAAACCACAAAGAACCAGAAGACGAGGAACAGCAACAAUUACUUGCUGACGUGCUACUGUUUUACGACAGUCCUGAUCCAACGCUACGUGGAACUGUACAGUUGAUAGUGGGCAAUUUCCUAAGAGCUGCUAUUGACCACAAUGGAAGCUACCGUCAAUUUCUACGUACAAAGAUUCCAAACGUUACCACACAAUCGUUUUUGUGUGAACACAAACUGCUUCAGGUUGUUGUGCAGGGACUUUCGGAUGAAAUUCACACUGUUGUGAAUCAAGCACUUUCCUCCGUGGAGCUUUUCUUUAACGUUUACUACAAGAGUCUUUGUACUGGAACCAACUCCACAAGUCGAAACGAAAAUCGUACCACAACAUCAAACAUUCCGUUCCAGUCGUGUAAAACGAACAUUUUUGUAGACGAAACUGCUACAUUUAAUUUGACGCCAGAAUCACCUGUCCACAUGAAAACACUGCUCGAUCGUGUUUUCCUGCUGUCUAACAACAAGUAUUGGCUUGUCCAGUGUAAGCUAGUUGAUAUAAUUGUUCAGCUAGAUUUUGAUUGCAUCACCGCCCAUGGACAGCUGGGUGAUCAGAUGCGUGAAAAAGUAGGCAAUCUUCUAUUGAUCGGUUUGGGUGAUAGUGAUCAACGGGUACGGAACCAUGCUGCCGAACGAUUGUUACAAUUUCUUCAGCCCUCACCGUGGGAUGGACGAAAGAAACCAAUGCACAGCAAACAAACGGUUGUUGGGGAUUUUGUUGAUGAAUUUGUUCUUGGUGCAUUCUCUUCACCAUUCAAUCGUCAAGCUAAGGGAACGAUUGGUGCAGAUAAAACAAAACCAGACAUGCCUACGGUGAGCCGUCUGAUGUAUAGAAUAAGUAACUUGCUGUUAAAAAUAGAAGACAAAAAUCUUCAGGCUGGAAUAAUUCACUUUUUACGCAUAUUUCUGGAACAGUAUGAUAUUUUCGAUUUCGUGCACUUGUGGAAUGAGUACAACGUGAUUAGCGUGCUUCUGAGUUUGCUAUUGGGAAUGAAUGGUACCGUUCUGGAUCUUGCUGUACACGCUGAAUUAUUGUGGAUAUGCUCACAGAUGCUUGUUGCAAUUUUAUCGAGCUCCCCUACACAUGGUACAAACGAUACUGAAGCGAUGAACAAACUCAUCAUCCAUCUGCUGAAACUAUUCAACAUUUAUCAUCACGUCUACACAAACACCACGCCGCUGGUAAUAAACCGGACCCAGAAAGCGGAUAUAUUUAUGAACACCAAAGAACUGCAACAAAUCAACUGCUUCGGAUAUUUUGGCAGCGAUCAUGCGUACAUGAAGUUCUAUCAACAAGUUCGCUGCUCUAUGGAGAGUUACCGUAUGUCGAUCAAUGCCGAAUCCGGUCAAAAACUGUUCGAAUGUUUACGAGCUUCAAUGGAAGCACUGUGGACGCUGUUAGAGAUGAAAUCUCUCUCCGCCAUGACGAACGGCCUAAAAUUUGUGGAAGAAGUAUUACGUUAUAUGCAAACGUUCCUCACACUAGAGCCGGACCACUGUGUACGGUGCACAAGAUAUCUGUUGAGAUUCAUUUUCCAUGUCAACUGCAUGAACCGCACUGCGGAAGUGUCGUUCUUUCGCAAAGUUUCACUCUCGGAGGAACCGGUAGAGGCAGUAGCAUCGGAAGAAUUCUUCGGACGAUAUUAUGAUUUUUGCAAAGCAAAAUCGAAACCUCUUACACCGGAAAUUGGGGCGUUCGUUAAGCUCUUUGAACCACUUGUUAUAACGUGUUUAAAAAUGUUCACCAAAAUGCGCUCCUCGGUGCAGGCGAGCAUUUUGCAUAUGCUGUGCCAGCUGCUAGACUUCAACAUCAAUUAUCAGUUGCUUGACGCUAACAACGUGUUUGUUGAAUCUAUCUUCAAGCAUAUCGAAUCCAUCGAACGUGGUACCAUAGAUGAUUCCGAAGAGCUGAUGCGUCAAGUGGUGAGAUUCCUGUUCCAGCUAAGCGGUCUAGUACGUGACAAACCGUUAGUAACGAUACCCAAAAUUAUUAACAUGUGCGAUAACCUGUUGGCAAACAAUGUCAUUCGGCGAACGGCCAUAGCUUCGGUGCAAGCACUUUCGCAUGAAAUAUUCCUGCUUCGUCUUAGUCGCAACAGCAUGGUACCCAAGGUACUGGAGGCAGCAGAAUGCAAUACACAGAAAGAGGUGGUGCUUAACAUGUUGAUGAAAUUUCCGGACGAGUUAGACGCGUAUCGAAUUAUUCCGAUGAUUAUGUACAGCGAGCGUUUACAUGAUGGCGAUGGUGCACAUGCGGCUAGUUGUGAAUCGGAUGUAUUGAACGCCUUACUGCAAGUGUUGGGAGAUGGAAAGCUAACGAUAAGACGUGAUGCAGAUUACUAUAUUGUGCUACGAUUGUUUGAAUGCCUCAGUCCCAAUCAACUGCUGGAGAGUAAAGUAGUUCUGCGCAUAGUUGACAUAUUCUACACCACAAUCAGCAACGACUCAUGGAAAACGCUUCAAAAGAUAACGUAUGGAGAAUUGAUCGUACGACAAGUGUUUCAACAAACCGAAGAAAUUUAUCUUCUGAAUCAUGUUGGAUUGUACCUACGUAAGACAAAGUUGAAUGUGGAUGAAGAUGCUACACAAGAGGAUGGAAAUGGUGGCGUUCGGCUUACGGAAGAUGACGUUCAAUCAGCUGCCCAAAGCUUAGCGAGAACAUUGGUUUACUAUCUUCGCGAAUGUUUAACCAUGUUGGAGGAUAUUAAUUUAACGUACAGUGCAAAUCAACAGGAUGUGCAGUUUACAUACGAUUCCAUCCAGCGGUACAUCAACACACUGAGUAGCAUGACUCGGUUUGGUGAAGUUAGCCGUGCGCUAGCCGAGCAGAUUCCACUCGAACUGAUCCAUUGGUAUCGUUUGCCAGUGGCAGUUGCACGUUCUCUGAGUGAAAUGUUGAUAAAGCAUGGAUUCGAUCUGGAGUUAAUGUUAUCGUUAAUUCGAAACAAUGAGUACAAUGUAAGAAAUGAUCGCCUAGUCACUACACUGAUUGAGGUACUUUUGGAAUACAAACCGAACGAAACGAAAUGGGAUCGUAAAGAUAUAUCGGCACUGUUAUCGACUGAAACUCCCCUGCUUUCGGUACAUUUCCACCCAAUGCUACUAUGCCACAUUACGGACGAUAAAUAUUCAAAGGAAAUUGUGAAGACUAUCCUAACAACUGUGGAAGGAAAGCUUUCGUGUAUUCAAUGUUCGUUGUUAGAAAAAGCAUCACUCACAACAUUGCCACUCAUGUGCGGCCGACUAACAGAUCUACUCGAUACGGUCAAUAUAGUGACAUCACGCAAUGCUGCCCUUAUCCUCGAUCACAAACUGAACGCACUGGUGGAACUAGGGGCUGCAGGUCUUAAGGAUAGUGCUGUGCUAACUGUACUACCGGACACUGAUUUUCAUUACCUGUAUUCACGCUUUAGUGCGGAUCGCAAACGAAAAUUUCCGAAGCUUUUUAAAACGCUGUCUCAACUGAAACAAUACUAUGAAAGCAAUGCGGUUGAUGAAUGUACGAUAACGGUUCUACCAUCCAUCGAUACAAUGGCGUUAAAGGAUUUAUCAAUCGAUGAAGCAUGGUUUCUGAAGCAAGUUUCGUAUCACUGUACGGAGACGUCAUACACGAAGCCACGAAACAUAGCUAAAAUGUUGCUGGAAAUUAAAUCCGAAAGCAAACUCAUCAAUAUGCUCUCCAGUGGAUCGCUAAAUGUGCGGCUAUUGCGUGACAUAAUUUCGGUCGCAUUCGAGAGUAUGUUUCAUGCGUUCCGUACGGAUUGUGUGCAGUAUAAUCCUCAUCUCAACUACCUGAAGGUGCACCCAAUGUUAAAGGUUACGCUGAUUGUUUUAAUACGCAGGCUGAACGAAACGAAACAUAAAGCCCAAGAAACAGUUGCAACGAUACACUGUGCCGAAUCUGUCAUAUGUUUCCUGGAGUAUGUUAAGAAGCUGGAACAUCUUUGCCUGUUCUACAUCGAGGGCAAGUUCGUCGAUCGUUUCAUUAAGGAGCAUCUGCUAAAGUCCAACUUUUUUGAAACACUGCUCACAUUCGGGCACGUUUGUGCGCGCUCGCUGGAGCAAGAAUCGUUAGAAAACGUUACACGCAUCGAACUAUAUCUCAAAUGUAUUGGAAGCAUUGUGCAUCAGCGGUAUCUUUGGACGGAAUUGAACCAAAAUGAUCGUUAUCAUGAAACUGUGGAGUAUUACAUCAAAGUCAUAUAUAAAUUGAUAGAAAGUUCGCUACUGGAUGAUCAACUGUUAAGUCGUCGUCAGUUUCCGCUUGUGUUUCAAAGCUUUCUAGCAGAUCAUAGCUGCUCGAUGGAGAUUUAUUUGAAAGCAAUUGUGAUUGCCGAUUUUGUAUCGGAUUCUACCAGCAUGUCAAAACAUCUUAGUAUGGGUAGUAACAUGAUUGCUUUAGUUGAGUCUAUUGCCGUACCCUUGCUGAAAUUGGAUCGAUUUUAUCCUUACGCAUUGACGCCGUACGAACUGUACGAAUGUUAUGACUCAUUGGAUGCAUUAGAAAAUGGCCACCCAAAGCUGCCGACUGUACCAAUCGAGCAUUUGUAUGACGUUGAGCUGUUGGAAAUGUUUUUAAAGAGGGCAAAUGUGUUUGGAUUUUCCUCGCGCCAACAAUUUGAGGAACUGUUUAUGUCGCUGAUGGUGCUGCUUAAUCGCUCGGAGGAUCCCAUUUUUGUGAGUCUAUUGGAGCAACGAGAAAUCAAAAACAUGUGCCUGCAAGCUGUAAUGUCCCUACUACUGUCAUGCUAUCGUUAUCCAUGGAUUGGUUUUAGCGAGGGCAAGUUCCAUCACACUACACGCAAUCCAAAGAUGAAAUGUGACACUGUUGGACUAAAGAAACUUCACAAUGUCCAGCUGUCCAUUCCAUUGAGUAAUGUGUUUUAUCAGCCAAACUUAGAGCGCCAUUUGCUAAUCACGGCUAUGGAUGAUCAGUACGCCCUAGACGACAGCAGUGUCGGUACGCUGCGGUUCGAUCAGAAUCAACUUUCGUUAGAAUAUUUUUGGGAGCUCAUAGAACGAACGGGUGACCAGAGUGGAUGCAAUGCCCUGUCCAUGGAGUCGCUGGUCGUUCGUAAUAAACGAUAUUUUGUAGAAAGAAUUAACAUCGAUACUACGAGCUCACUGCAGUUGAUUUAUGACGUAUUGAAGCAGCUGAUCGAGGAUGAUCCAGCACUGGUGCUGCCACAUUUGGUGAGCUUCUGUGAAAUCGUAGAAAAUCGAGACCAAAUUUUUUGGUUGAAUCAAUUGCUUCUAAAGCUGCAAGAACGUGUCCCGAUGGAAGAUACAAUUUCUCAACAGCAUAUAAUCUACUUGUUGUGUCGAUUGGCGGCCCUUCUUAUUCCAACGAUGAGCGACCUUACGCAUCUGUGCACCAUCAUUCCGACGUACCUUAAGAGCACACAGCUGUACAUUCGUAAUGCAACCUUGCAAGGGUUAAUCUGUUUGCUGGAAUGUCUCAUCAAAACGAACACAUCGAUUGGCACCAUGAAUGAUGAACUACAUUUGCUGCGUAAUGUCAUAGUCAACUACAUCGUAAAGCACGGUAUCAUUGAAGAAAGCUCCGGCGUUUUCAGUGAUCUUCAUACUAAGCUUGUUUGGACGUUAAACUUCUAUCUAAUCGAGCACACAUCACGUUUCGUCUCAGACUGCAAUCUUUUAUCCAAUAGCAUCAUCUCUGCCAACAAUAUUCUGAAAAGGACAACCAAUUUGGAAAUUUAUCUAUGUAUUCUAAAUGGCUUAGAACGGUUAAUUAUCACCGAUCGUGUAUCACGUGCGCUACACGAAAAAAUAGAAAAACUUGCGAUCGAUCUCGUUAAAAUCGACAACGAGAUGUUUUCACUAUCCGCCUUGAAGCUGCUCGUUACCUGCAUCUAUCGCAGUUGUAAUGAGCAACUGGAAAGCACCGAACGCUGCAACGGCAUCGUGCAGGACGAACCGGACAUCAUUGUACAACAGAUCGAUAAAAUAGAGAUACUUUUCGCCAAAAUCCGCACUACUACACCGCAGGGUGCGAAAGUGUUCGGUGAUGUACUGUGUCAGUUGAUACGCGAUCUGCUUCCACCGAACGAGAUACUCACGAAAGUGUUUAAGGAGCUAAUGCUAAACCAACCGAAUCCGGACAUUAUAGCGAGCGUUACGUAUCAACUUUUCCGGUCCGCGAUUGAUGCAUCGUACUUGACGCUGUUGCAAGAAUGGUUGCUCUGUUCGUUGCCGAAUUUUCUAUCCUUCCCACAGGUGAACAAGUCCGUAUGGUGCUUAACCGUUAUAUUUCUAUCGGCAUCGCUAAAUCAACAUCUAAUCAAACUGUUGCCGGAAGUACUUUCGCUGCCUUCGUAUCAACAGCUGAAUGAAAGAGAAAUUAAUAACUUCAUUAUCUCGGCGAAGGAUUUUUACUCGCGCCUUGAACCGAAUGGUAACCAGAAGAUGAAAUUCAAGGAAAUAUUCCGGCAGCAUGAUUCCUUCAUAUUUCAAUGUCUUGUGCAGUGCCUGUAAGACUGUGGUACGAGAUUUUUUUUAUGUAAUAGUUCACUGUUCUGUACUGUUUCUCGUUUAGAUAAUGAUUAAAUACAGCAAUCGAUUUAAUGUUAUGCAUUUCAA